AUGACAACAACUUAUGCGGCUACAACAACAGCCGUCCCUACAACAACCACAGCUUCUCCCACAACAACCAUAGCUGGUGCUGCUACAACAACUACAGCUGUGGCUACAACAACAGCUGCUCCAACAAAAACCACUGCAGCACAAACAACGACUAAAGAUGCUCCUACAACAACCCCAGAUACACCCACAACAACAACAUCUUCUCCGACAACAACCACAGCAGAUCCAACGACCACAACAGCAUCCUCUACAACAACUACAACUGCUCCUACAACAACCACAGCUGUUUCCACAACAACCACAGCUACUGCUACGACAACAAAAGCUGCGGAUACAACAACCAAAGUCAUCCCCACAACAACCACAGCUGCUCCCACAACAACCACAGAUGCACCCACAACAACCACAUUUUCUCUAAAAACAACUACAGCAGCUCCCACAACCACAACAGCUUCCACUACAACAACCACAGCUGCUUCCACAACAACAACAGCUGCUCCCACAAUAAACACAUCUGCACCAACUACAACCACAGCAACACCAAUAACAUAUACAGCUGCGGCUUUAACAAGUACAGCUGUGGCUACAACAACCACAGCUACACCCACAACAACCACAGCUUCUUCCAUAACAACCACAGCGGCUCCCACAACAACAUCAGCCACUCCCACAACAACCACAGAUGCUCCCACAACAACACCUUCUCCCACAACAAUCACAGCUACUCCCACAUCAACAACAACAGCUGCUGCUACAACAACAAAAACUGUGGUAACAACAACCGUACCUCUGCCCACAGCAACCACAGCUGCUGCAACAACAAUCACAGAUUCACCCACAACAACCACAUCUGCUCCCAAAACUACAGCAGCUUCUACAACCACAACAACUUCCAUGACACCAACCACAGCUGGUCCAACACAACGCCAAUGA